CAUUGUGUGAAUGGUUUGUUUACACUUUCUGAAAGGUGAAAUAUUUCAUUUUAAAAACCUUACUAUUUUUUUAAAGAUUUAGACAGUGGGAUAAAAGAUGGCUAAUGAAUCAGAUGAUGAAAUACCUGAUUUAGUUUUAACUGAUGAUAGAAAAGUACCUAUUACAGUUAUUACAGGUUAUCUUGGUGCAGGAAAAACCACUUUAUUAAAUUAUGUAUUAACAGAACAACAUGGGAAGAAAAUAGCUGUGAUACUCAAUGAAUUCGGAGAAGGAGAUGCUAUGGAGAAAUCUAUGUCUGUUGGUGAAAAUGGUAAUUUAUAUGAAGAAUGGUUAGAAUUAAGGAAUGGCUGUUUAUGUUGUGCUGUAAAAGAUAAUGGUGUUCAGGCUAUAGAAAAUUUAAUGGUAAAGAAGGGAAAGUUUGAUUAUAUUUUGUUAGAAACUACAGGGUUAGCUGAUCCAGGUCCUAUAGCGUCAAUGUUUUGGUUAGAUGAAGACCUCUGUAGUGAUAUUUAUCUAGAUGGUAUAAUAACAAUGGUAGAUGCUAAAUAUUGUCAGAAAAAUUUAGAUGAAGUUAAACCUGAUGGAUCUCUUAUUGAAGCAGCUAGACAGAUUGGUUUAGCUGAUGUUAUCAUUAUCAAUAAAAUAGAUUUAAUAUCACAGGAUGAAUUACAGACUUUGAAAACAAAUCUAAGAUCCUGUAACAGUUUCUCUAAAAUAAUAGAAACCACCAAAGCAAAAACUAAUCUAGAAGAUAUUUUAGAUCUUAAUGCUUACAGAAGUUUAGAUUCCCAUAGUUUAUUUAGUGAUAGAGGUUUUAAUGAAGAUCGUAAACAUAAAAUAGAUAAAACUAUAAGAAGUAUUACUAUAGAUUUAGAAGGUGAACUUAAUAAAACUAAAUUAGAACAUUUCUUACAAGAUCUUUUAUGGGAGAAAAAAAUAAACAAUAAAGAAAAUAAACCAACAGAAAUAUUACGCCUUAAGGGUGUAUUAACACUAGAAAAUGAAGAUAUAUGUUAUAUUGUACAAGCUGUAAAUGAAUUAUAUGAUUUUCAAACCACAUCCUGGAGAGACAAUCCUAAAAUAAAUAGAUUUGUCUUUAUAGGUAAAAAUUUAGAGAAAUCAGUUUUAGAAAAUCACCUUUAUCAAUGUAAAGUAAAAAGCUGA